AUGGCAGACGCCGGUGAAACCAAGACGCUCGAGGCCAAGUGCUCUUGCGGUGAUGUGCACUUGACCUUUGAUGUGCCUGUCAGUCUGUUGCCAUUGCCCGUUUAUCUCUGUCAUUGCAGCUUGUGUCGAUACGCGACCGGGUCUCCGUGUACGUUUCAUACAGCAUUGCCCGAGGGGUUGCUGCCCAAGUUUCUCGGAGACUCGUCCGAGGAGAAGCUUACCUCGUGGUUGUCUCACGAUGGACGCGGCUGCACUUACGACUUUUGCUCGAGAUGCGGGUGUCACGUCGGCGGCGUGAGCAUUGAUCGAAAGCAGUGGACUCCCACCACGUCCAUCUUCACGGACCAUGGACCGGAGAACUUCAAGAUUGGCCAGCACGUCUUCUCAGAGUCGGCCAAAGAUGGGGGAAUCUCUUCGAUGGUCACGCACAUCCGCGGCCAACAGCUGGGAUCCUGGAACCCAGCGGCCGAUGAUCCGACUGCCAAACUUGUCGAGUCGAAGGCUGAGGUAGGCGAGGAUGGUGAGGAGCGCCUCCGGGCCCAGUGCCAGUGCGGCGGCGUGUCCUUCACCAUCCGGCGCCCUACGCAGGCCGUCCUCGACGACCCCGUUCUUUCCAAGUUUGUCUCGCCGCGCGACAAGACGAAGUGGAUGGGACUUUACGACAUUUGCAACGACUGCCGACUCGUCACAGGCACUCACGUCGUCGGCUGGACAUUUGUGCCCCUCAGUCUUUGCGAGCCGCGCAUCGACACGACGCUCAAAAUCGGGACGUCCAAGACCUAUUCGACGUCGGAGGGAGUCCUGCGCUCGUUUUGCGGAACCUGCGGCGCCACCGUCUUCUUCACGUGUACGGAACGCCGGCCGAACGAGGCCCAGACCGUCGUCGACAUUGCCACGGGUAUCCUCCGUGCCCCCGAGGGUGUCAUGGCCGAGAAUUGGCUCACGUGGAGGACGCGCCCGGCUUAUCUGGCCAGCGGCGUCGGCUACGACAAGGGCUUCGGCGAGGCCCUGGAUGAGGGCAUGAAGCGCUGGGCGGUGGACAAGUAUGGGGAGGAGAUCAAUGAUGAGGUCGGCUAG